GCGAGGAGGACUGCAGUUUCUGGUGCUGAUGGGAGAGCGGUCGAGGGACGUUAUUAAGGCAUUGUAACAUUAACCCUAAGUGCCUCACUGGUGAAUGGGUUAGCCUGUCGUGGAGAAUAAGAUUAAGGAAAUACUGUAGUACUGGGACUGUGUGUGCCACCUAAAUGUCAGGGACGUGGAACGUGUUAAAGAAGAAACCAGAGGCCAUGGUAGCUCCAGAGCCAACAGGAGCCAGUGCCUUGACUGUGACUCCGGCCGUUGUUGCAUUAAUCUCGGCUGACAACUCCACUGAACCAGUCAGCAAGAAUGAUGCCUUCGAUGAGAUCAAAAACAAGUUCCUGAAUGAAAUUGACAAGAUCCCACUGCCAUCCUGGGCCAUCAUUGCCAUUGCCGUGGUAGCUGCUUUACUCAUUUUGACAUGCUGCUUCUGCAUCAUCAAGAAGUGCUGCUGCAAGAAGAAGAAGAACAAGAAGGGCAAGAAGGGGAAGGGUGACAUGGGAAUGAAGAAUCUGAAAGGUGGAGAGAAACAACAGGAUGAUGAUGAUGAUGAGGAUGACGCUGAGACGGGGCUGACCGGAGAUGAGAAAGAGGAGGAAGUCAAGGAGAAGGAAAAACUUGGCAAGCUCCAGUACUCUAUUGAUUACGACUUCCAGGAAAAUAAGCUGACGGUGGGUAUCCUGCAAGCAGCAGAUCUCCUCUCCAUGGACAGCGGUGGCACUUCUGACCCCUAUGUCAAGGUCUUUGUCCUCCCUGACAAGAAGAAGAAGUUCGACACGAAGGUUCACAAGAAAACUCUAAAUCCUGUCUUCAAUGAAACUUUUAUCUUCAAGAUUCCAUUCCAAGAAAUGGGUGGGAAGACUCUGGUAAUGUCCGUCUAUGACUUUGAUCGCUUCUCCAAACAUGAUAUCAUCGGAGAGAUUAAAUUACCCAUGAACACCCUUGAUCUGGCGAAGCCAAUUGAGGAGUGGCGAGACUUGGACAGUGCAGAUCAAGAAGAGCCCGAGAAGCUGGGUGACAUUUGCAUCUCUCUGCGCUAUGUGCCCACUGCUGGCAAACUCACCAUCUGUAUUCUGGAAGCCAAGAACCUGAAGAAAAUGGACGUUGGUGGACUGUCAGAUCCGUAUGUGAAAAUUAACCUGCUGCAGAAUGGCAAGAGGCUGAAGAAGAAGAAGACCACAGUGAAGAAGAACACUUUGAAUCCUUACUACAACGAGUCCUUCAGCUUUGAGAUUCCUCUUGAGCAAAUGCAGAAAAUCCAAGCUGUGAUCACAGUGCUGGAUUACGACAAGAUUGGCAAGAACGACGCCAUCGGGAAGAUCUGGGUGGGGAGCAAGGCCACGGGGGCUGGGCUCAAGCACUGGUCCGACAUGCUGGCCAACCCACGCCGCCCCAUCGCCCAGUGGCAUCCACUGCAGCCAGAGGAGGAGGUGGACGCCUCCCUCGCAGCGCUGACUGCCAAGAAGUAAACCUCCUCCGGCACACAUCUUCCCUUCUCACCUACCCAUGCAUUUUACCGCCAUUCUCCCCCCAACCCACCAGGUCCCACAUAUCAGUGUAUAUUCCAAAAGAACACACCAACAGAUCUAUCAACUGUACACCCCCCACCUCCUCCUCUUUGCCUCCCCACCCCUCCACCCACCUCCACUGCCAUGCAAAAGAUACAUAGAUACCAUUUGACAUGAUGGAAAAUAGUGUUUAAAAAAGCAUCAUGUUAUAUUAAAUCAUGUCAUUGAAAAAAAAAAAAAGAAGACAAGUUACAGGAUGGACAGAAACUCCGUUGAUUUCCUUUAGAUAUAUUUUUGUAUUGGGGUUGUGGUUACAUUAAUAAGAAUACAGAGUAGACUAUGAAGAAUACUAGGAGUGCUUUAUGGGCAUCUGGUGAUAGAGGGGAUAAAACAUACAUUCACUCAUGUUGUACUUCUCACCCCUUCCCUUUAGUGACACGGUUUGCUUAGAAUAAUGCUUAAUAAUAAAAUGCUUUAUACUGCCAUAUGAUAGAGAAAUAACACAAGCAGGUCCAUUCCUUAGGUGUGUUGUGCACCAUGUUCCACGCCUGCCAAUGAUCAUAGUAGGUGAUUCUGUUAGUUUGAAGUACAUUCCUAGACUCUGGGUAGCAAGUAGGGAUAGGCACAUAUCCAGUUACCCACAAACACACUGCCUUUUUAAUUAGUUAAAUCUUCCAUCCAUAAUCUCAGGAAAACUGAGAGAAAACUGGAACGUCAUGCCUUUUUUUCUAAACGGGUUGUUAUUAUUCAAAUACUCCACCUUGAUGAGAAAGAAAUGUCGGAUUUGAUAUCUUGACCACUUGUUUCCAAAUGAUAUAAGGCUUCGCGACCAGUAUUAGUUUAUCUGCGGAACGGUAAACCGAGAGGAAUCGAUGAUUUGCGGUCCGAGAGAGGAGAAUUGUAUUUUUUAUAACUGUGCAAAAGGCUGUGUCUGUCAUCAUGGCCCAUGCCCUUAAAAGAAAGCAAGUUAAUAUCACAGCGGGUACUAUAGAGACUGGUUCCAACCACCAAUGACAUGAUAUUUUCAAGGUGUCAUGUACUGUCUGCAAUCUACCACCUCCCCUCCCAAUGCCUCUGAUUCUGUAUCUCACUUGUUCAGUGCUACUGCCAUUAGUCAUGGACUCACAACAAGGGUAUUACUUCAAAGGAAUCCCUAUAACCGUCUUACAGUCAUAAAGGAGACAAGCCUUCCAAGUAACAAAAUAAGCAAUUUUCAACUACCAGGGACGCCUUCCAAUUAGCGGUGUUGUUCUCUUCAUUUUUGUUCUUUCUUUCUCUCUUUUUUCUGUCUCUUCCUUCUUUCUCUUUUUCUUUCCUUUUAUUCAAUUUUAUUUCACUUCAAACACCUUUUAUUCUUCAAGCACUUUAAAUCCAAAUGUUACGUUUAACUGUUCUCAGAAUCCAGAGCUUUAAUUAUUUAUUUUAGGAAUAAUUGCUGGUAUAAAAAAGGAAAAAAAAAAACAAGAAAAAGAAAAAAAAGAGCAAGAGAAUGCAUUAUGUGAACGCAAUUUUUAUUUAUUUAUUUUUAAAAUUUCUAUUUCUUUCUUUCUUUUAAGUUCACCUGUUCAGCCUGAGCUUUUUAUGUAUGUAUUAUGGUUGGCUGGAUAUUAUUUUUCUCAUUUGAUUGCAAGGAUACGGUCUGGAGGAAGGCACUGAUCCAUGUGUAUUUUAUACACAGAUUACCAAACUGCUGAAUUUAAUUGCACUACUGGGUAUCACUCUGUUCUGUGGUGACUGACACUGUUCUUUCUAUGUAGUUUUUGUGAUGAAAUGUUGUGAGGUUGAAUUUUUUUGUCGCACAUGUGGCACGCUGGACAAGUUGCCUCCUAAUGGACUCUUCUGGCAGGACAGGAGACACGUUUCAAUCUAAUGACGCUCCCCGGCCUCCUAAUUGGUCCACAACAUUUAUGAAUUGAUAUUCUGUCAAUGAUAAAACUGAGGAUGAGUUUGUUUGUUAGACUAAAUUAAUUAACCCCGAAUAAACUUUUCAUAUUGCAGCUCAUCUAGGACAACUAAUUGAUAAUUUAAAUUCUUACUGGGUGAGCACCAGCUUGUCCUAAAGGCAUCGUGGUGUCGUGUCACUGAACGACAACACUACUAUCUGAUUGUGCGCUAGAAAGUGCAAAGUCAAUGUUCAUCAAAGGGCAGUAAAACAUUUAGACAGGUUCACACCCUCUACAGGUUUUUGGAAUUUAAUGAAUGUUGGUUUAUGUAUCAUUUUUUUUUCUCCGUUGGAAUUUAUUUUUUCCUGAGUUUUUAUAUUCAAGAGAAGUCACGUUCGAGUUUGUUUUCCAUCUCACAUAAUCUAUUUUCUUCUGUUGAUAAAGCAACACUAAAGAAAAGACAACAUGCAAGCAAUCAAGCAACCCAUUGGUGUGUAGUUUUGCCUAUAUACAUAGUUCAUACAUGUUGAUACUGCAUGUUUAUACAGAAUACUGUACAUAAGAGCAUGUUUUAGAGACAAAGCAAAAAUAUCUUGUGUACGUAAAUGGGUGUCAUUUGUCAUUUUAAUAACACAACGACGGAGAAAAGAUGCACUGUAUAUUUUCUAAAUGAAACAAAUGUGUAUUUAUUUUCCAUGAGGGUCAUUGGAGAGAAUGUCAUACUAUAUUAGAGUACUAUUACUAAUAACAACCUUUUCACGCCUGAAAUUCUUAAGCAAGUGUGUCGUCCAGUACUGUGUGUGAGUUCAUGUAGGAUGAAAAUGUAGCCGCAUGCUUGCUAUCUGACUCUUUGUGAUCCAGAAUUUAAUUUGAUAAGUACCAUUUCUCUGUUCUACAUUUUGUUUCAUGACUUAUCUGAAGGCCAAUGUUUGACUUCUUUCCAAAUAUCUGCAAUUUAUAUAAUUAUUAUUAUUGUUUUUUGUUUGUUUCACUUUGUUUUGUUCUUUUGUUGUUGUUGUUUUUUUUAAUAUAUAUGUAUGUAUGUAUGUAUAUUUUUUAAAUUUUCAAUAUAUGGGAUGGGGGGGUCUCCAAGUCUAUAAGCUGACAACUUUCUAAUAGCAGAUUUGGCAUACUGUUAUUCUUAAAUAUCUCAUCAGAGGAUAAUGGCUUAAUUCUAUGAUUGAAAAGUGGAUUGUGUGUCUGUAAUACAGGCCAAUACUAACAUGUGGGACCCAGUAUUAGGACUAUCGGACCUCACCUUUAUAUAAAAUUCAUUUUCAUAGGUCAAGAACAGCCCAUACCUGAAUUUUUCCCAUUCCGCUCUACACAAACGGCUUGGAAUCCCUUCUUCUCCCUUUCUUUACUUGGACUUUCAUUUUAAGUUCAACUUAAAUGAUCUGAAAAACCCUUUCACGGCUGUGUCUCUUUUACUGUGUUUAUUAUACGAUAUGUGUAUGUGCAUACAGAUAGGCGAAUAAGAUAAAACUAAAGCCAUAAAACUCAAGCACUAACUCUUUAGAGCUCAGCUGAGUAGCUAGAGUCGAUUUAUGAUGUUAAAAAAAAAUAUAUAUAUAUAUACAAGAAAAAGGAAAAAAAAAUCACACGUCUUCAUUUUUCCUCGGCCAGUGUUUCUCUUCCACAUUCCGUUCAGAUCUUCGUUCAUCAAGAGGGCAAAAUGCAUUCUACUGUAUAUGUGAGCAUUGAGGUCAGUUGUGAGUUUAGUAGAGUGAAUGUGUCUUUUUCUACUUUAAAAGCUGUUGAUGUCCUUGUUUCAUAGAGGUAGCUGAUUUUACAGUGUUGUGAUUCGUAUUGUAAUAUGCCUUGUUUUGAUAGUAUGAAUUAUAGAUAUAUUAUCACAAGAGGUUCUCGAAAAUAUUGCUAAAAAUUAUAUGACAAUAUGUUCUAUUCUUGGGCUGAGUGCAAUUUAUGAACCAAACUGGGUCACUCUUUAGGUUUCUCUUAUACCACUAUAACAGUAGAAUGUACUAGUGUCUACAUAUACAGUCAGCAUAUAACAUACUGUUAGUGAUCAACAUCUUACGGUGGUGGUUUUUGAUGUUUCUUGUGUUCUUAGAAAAAUCAAUUCAAGCAACAAAACGAUAUUGUUGAGGUUUAGAGAAACUUGACAGUGCUACCCAUGUUUUAGGCCUGAAUCCCUCCCAUAGAACUAUGCAUAGAGUUAUGAUUUUCACAGAGAUGCGGCACAAAUACCAGACUUGUGCCACAGUUAUUUUUGAAUAUCUAUCAAUUACGUGUUAUGUUGUGCACAUGAUAUGAAAUUAAGGUUUGCCUCGGUCACGGGGGUUUCUUUUCGAAGUAAACUUUCAACUGCCAUAUCGCCACCGGCAACAGUAUUCAAAAUUGAAGACCAAUGUGUUGACUGGCGCCACAGUCAAUGAACUUGUCUGAUGCAAUAUUGUAUUUGAAUCGUUUUUAUUCAGUGUCCCAUUAAUCAAUCCUAUUGACUGUGACCAACUGGUGCACUGAUCAUAAUUCUACUUGAAGAUUUCAGUGCAUUUCAAAAAUACUGCCAGUUCCCACGCUUAAUUACAGUUGCCUGUAAUCACCAGUGUUCUGUUUGAGUCCGUGAAGCCAAAAUAACAAAGUUCACGUGGAGGCAAACAGGAGAAGAUGAUGAGACAAAUGUGAUUAUGAGUAAAUUUAUAGCACAUAUAAGAGGUUGAACUUUUUAUUUUUAUUUGUAUUUUUUUCCUUUUCUUCUUCUUCUCUAAUGCUUUUUCACUGCCCGGGUCGCCACAAUCAUACUUGACCACCGGACAGUUCAGUUCUAUGGGGGACAGAGACUGAGAACUGUGUGUGCUUGUGUAUGUGUGUUAAAUAGAUAAGCGUAGGCCCUUUAGCAGACAUGGUGCAAGAACACAGCACUAGAACAUAUUAUAUAACUACAAUGUACCGUACAGGUCUGCAUGCAUGGGACACAUAACUCAUUCUUAAAUGUACAUCUAUGUGGGUAUGAGUGUAAUAACCAAACAAUCUAAGUUACCUUUUAAAAAGUGGGGAUUAUAUCUAAUACUGUAAUAGUAUACCAUUUUUUUUUUUUUUUUUUUUUGAUAGCUAUGUAGAUGUACUUUAUGCACAACUGCAUCUGAAACUGUAGGCUAUUUUGGCUGUGCAGAGACAGUUUUAGAGCACUGCUCACACAGCAAAGUGGUAAUUGUGUGUUUAUUUAUUUAUGUAUUUAUUUCUGUUUUGUUUUAAACUAAUGCCGGGAUUUAAAAAGGGAAACCAUCCAAAGUUCAGUAGAUCAUUUACCAUCAUGUCUAAAUGUGUUGAAAGCCUCUCAGCGGGUAAAGACACCUCUUUGAAACAUGUUGUCUUGUCUCCUCUAUUACUCACUGUAUUUCUUCUUUGUAUUCUUGUGUAUAUGUGUAAUCACUCCUUAAGCCUUUUCUUUCUUUGUGUUGUAUACUUGUACUGUAGAAUGUAGGUCUGCAUUAGAAUCAGUGGCAGAGAUAUCUGAACUAUACCCUUCACCUUUGCUUUUCGUUCCUGUCUUCGUCCUAUUUACGUGUAAUCGGUCGUGCGCUAUCAGUAUUCAUAUGCUGAAUAGGAAGCAGGCUCACUGAAUCCUCCACUGAAUCUGCUUUUUCUUCCUGAGUGUAAAGAAUGCCGGCCUUCAUGUUUACAACAUGGACAUACUGUAUACUGCCAAACAUGCAGGACCGUACCAAACUUCCCUCUUGAGCUCUUAGUCCUCCACCUGUCAUCCUCCAUGCAGCUGUAUUCGAAAGACUCUUUUUUCUUUUUCCUUUUCCUCCUCUUUCUCUUCAUCAUCUUUUUAAGCAUCAGAGGACAAUGAGGUUGUGUCCUCUAGCUGUGUUUCUUCGUGUCUAGUGUUGUGGUGCGCGUGUUCAUGUCAGUACUUGUGCCUACUGUGGAUCGCAUGCUUUAGCCCUUGACUGGACACAAACGUUGCUCACAAACUCCUCUUGACCCUUAUGUGGACAAACGUUGGGGAUCCUUAUAAAGACAUCAAGGGAACCAAAUAACUUAAUACAAAUUUAUCAUAUGUGUUACCAGUUCUGUAAGAAACAAAUAGGAAAUAAAGGCCUUUUAAUUAC